CAAAUGAUGAAGACACAUAAUACUUCCCCUCCUUGUACAUGUGGCGAUAAUGACUUAAUAACCUUUUAUUAGGUUUUAUCAUGCUGUGGAGCUACCUUUUGACAACCAUAGAGUAGUCUUUUUUUCCAAGGUAGAUCCCCUUGCUCGCAUUACCAAUAUCUGAGCCUGAAAACGUUCAGUCUUUAUCAUCUGCUGCGCCGUCGAAUUCUCAGAAACUUCUGUGAGUUGUAGCGCAGGCACGCUCUAGCAAGGCAAUUCCACUAUCUGGGAGGCAAAAGCCAUAGCAACACGACAAAGGCAGGACCGCAAGAUCACAGAAUUAUGUAGCGUUCUUUCCACCUUUCACACUUGAAGGAGCUCCUCACAAGGACCAUGACAGCUUCAGUCAUUUUAAGUAUUCUUUUUGUUUGGAUGGUGUCGCCCAGUCUGUCACGAGGGACUGGGUUUCUCUAUCAGUUUCCAGGUGUGACACUGCAACGCAUCAAUUCCGAACAAAUUGUCGGACCCCCUACAGGCUCCAGUGCAGUAAGCAGGAACUGGUGUCAGUACACUGUGUCUAAAACGGUGUCGUGCCAGGUGCACAACGGGAGCGAGGCGCUGGUGCAGCGCGUGUUUCAGAGCUGCCGGUGGCCCGGUCCCUGCUCUAACCUCAUCAGUUACAGGACCCUGGUCAGGCCCACGUACAGACUGACGUAUCGGCAGGUGACAGCCUUGGAGUGGAAGUGCUGCCCAGGCUUCCUGGGGGAAGACUGCAGUAAGGAGUGUAUGAACUGCACUGGCUUUGCCGAUGUGAACGACCGACUGAGCACCAUUGAGUCCAAGAUUCUGUUGCUGGAAGAAGCUGGGCCUCCACCUAUUCCCAUCAAGUACUACACCGAGAGGGCAGCCGACAACGAGGUGGGAGUAGCCAAGCCCACCCUCCUCAGUCCUCCAGUCCACGGAAUACCAGGAGCCCGGGGCCCUCCAGGGCCGGUGGGGCCCCCGGGUACCGCAGGCCCUCCAGGGCGCGCUGGAGAGACGGGCGUCUCGGGAAAACCUGGACCGAUGGGACCCAGAGGGCCCCAGGGCCAGAGAGGGAUCCCAGGGGAGAGGGGUCUUCCUGGGCCAGCGGGCCCGCCAGGACCAGCCUCUCACCUCCUCCGUGGAGAUGUGUUUGGCCUCCGGGAGCUGGGACAGUACGAUGAGGUAGACAUCUCUCCACCGAGUGGCCAGAGUCCUGUGAGUGGCCCCCCAGGACCAGCCGGGCCCCCUGGCCCCCCAGGUGGCGCCGGACCCAUGGGGUUGCCAGGCAACCCAGCCCCCCCUGGCCGAAAUGGCAGAGAUGGGCUGUCGGGCAGGCCCGGGGAUCGCGGGGCAAAAGGAGAUGCCGGUGAGAGGGGACCUCCAGGACACAGUGGCGAACAGGGCGUGCGAGGGGCUCCAGGACCUAAGGGAGAGCCAGGAGAAGGUCUCCCUGAGGGUGAGGGGGCGCUGCAGCUGAGGGAGGCUCUGAAGAUCCUGGCAGAGAGGGUUCUCAUCCUGGAGCACAUGAUCGGCAUUCACGAAAACCCCCUAGAGCCAGGGUCUGGGCUGGAUAUCCUGUCUGACCUUUUACCCACCUUGAAAAACAAAAGGGCGGGUCCCAAUACCCUCCUCCACUCUCGUACUGCGGGAGACCAGAAGCUGAUUGGAGAGCAGCGAGUCAGGAGGGCGGGCAAUUAGACCAUCCUGCCCAUCACUGGAGAGCAUGUUUUUUUGCCUCAACUGUUGAUUGGUUUGAGAUUGACACUCCGUAUGUUUACAGGGGCUGUAUAGGACCAUGGGGAGUGACCAUGCUCAUGGACAGGAACUAACACAAAGACUUUCGUGCAUUGAUGUUGAUGAGGGUAGGUCUGUUGACAUUGUAGUUGUCAUAGGCACAACUGAAUUUAAUCCACUUUGUGCAGGCACUGGUCCUAACAUAUGCAUCUUCUGAUAGGUCUCUCAUUGCAAAAGAUGCCAGAGGAAUAUUGUCGAAAUCCAUUUUUGCCAUUGUACUGGUUAAACGUUUUAUAAACAAAAGAGUUGUUUCUAAAUCUGUUUUGACAUUGUAAGUGUUCUGUUUUUCUUGAGCGUAUUGGCAUAUGACAGGGAUAUAACGAGCUGGUAUCAAGAACCUUUUCAAUUGACUGUAGUCCUCUCCAUCUGGUCACCCUUGUUUUAUACAGUCUGCCAAAAAGCCAAAUGACUGUCCCCUAGCUGUUUCUCCUUGUAGAGGGCUCUAGCACCAAGGUCACAUUGACUGCUUUGGAAUGUUCUUGGCUUUGACUGUAUUUUCAUUCUGGCCUUACUAUUUGCACAGGAUUUACCAAGAAAUUGUAUAAAUAUCCAUUCUGUAACUUACUGUACAAAUUCAACUCAAUUGAAUUACCCCAAAUCGGAUCCCAAUACAUUUUACCCCUUUCACUGUACCAGUGUCUCAGUCUGGAAAUAAACCUGUUUUUAUAAGUAC